AAUCCAUUUUCAUUUCUGGUAUAUCCAACAGUUCCAUUGCAUUUAUAAAAACUGGACAAAACUCAAACCAUCACAUUGACUUAUAAUUUGCGACAAUUUAUAGCAGAGACCACCCUUAGACCAACCUCGUUUACCCUUGCCAUCCAUUUUUCCCAUUUCAUUUCUGGUAUACCAGAAUUUUCAACUUCACCCGAUCCAAUAGCUCCGUUACAUUUAUAAAAACUGCACAAAGCUCAAACCAUCACAUUGACUUAUAACUUACGACAAUUUAUAACACAGACCACCCUCAUUACCCUUGACAUCCAUUUUUUUCUAACAUUUUUUCCACUGACGUGGGAAGAACGUUUAUUAUGACCUGAUAUUCAACACGUCAUAUUGAAAACGUUGGCUUCCAGGAAAUUCAUGACAAAGUCCUGCAGAAAGACUUAUAAACAUUGUAAUGGCGAACCUUCUUAUGUAAGACAUAAAGUGAAAGAUAAUUUAAAAGCAUGGAGUAACCGUCUCUGGGACGCUUGCAACCAGGAAGUAGAGGAAGGUAUCGUUCUGGGCUCUUCUGGGUAUCAGUGAGAAAAUCACUAUUUCCAGCGAAUCAUGACCUUCGAAGCCCAAGUUUAUUCUGUUACCCUUGCACCAGUGCUAAAUGAUGUGCGUUCAAUGUUUCCUAGUGAUGAAGUUGCUCGGCGGUGUGGAGUCAUGAAGGAAAAGGACCAAACACACAGAUAUGGACGUCUUCUGUAUUUUCCAACAACAUUAGAAGAGCCCAAUUCUUUUAAUUCAGAAGAAGAUGACCCUUUGCCUGGAGUAGAAAAUCUCCAAAUUGUAGGUGAUGCCGUACCGGGGAGUAUGUUACAAGCAUGUGGAUUUUCCAUCAAUGGGACAACACUUUGUGUUUUUCAGUGGGUACGUCACUUACAAGAUGGAACUAUGGUCUACAUUGAGGGGGCAAGUCAACCUGAUUAUACUGUCACAGCUGAUGAUGUUGAUGCACUCAUUGCCAUUGAAUGUGUCCCAAUAGAUGACAGAAACAGAAAGGGCGAAUUAGUCAAGGUUUUCGCAAAUGACCAAAACAAAAUAACUUGUGAUCCCACUAUGCAAGAGCAAAUAGAAUGUUAUUUUUUUGCAGGGCAGGCUGUAUUUGAUGUUCAGUUAUCUGUUGGUAUGCUCGAUAUCUGGGAACCUGCUGUACUGACUCUAGAAAGGUCAACUUAUGAGAUAAAGGGUACCAAACCAUGCAGGGAUGUUGUUCAUGAGAAGUAUACCUCUGAAUUAUGUAUUGUGAUUCCCUAUGGACAUGAGGCACAAUUCAUGAUAACAAAUUUGGCUCGACAAACUAUUGGUUUAAGAUUAAAAGAGGACAACAUGAGGAUGCGAGAUGCCAUUGUCCUUACCAUGAAGUUGUUUAAGAAGCAGGCACUAGAGAGGAGAAAAGGAGAAAAGAUGUUUCAUUUUUUGCCAAAAUUAUGCGUAAAUCCUUGUUUCCCUUGGAUGCAAGCAUUGAAGAAGAGAAAUGGAAAAAAGAAAAUCAAUUUUUUUCCAAAAUAGUUAGCCUAUGAAUCAUGGUUAGAAAUUUACUGUAUGGAUAAAUUUUAAAUGCAUCACUGGUGGAGCAAUAGUCAUGUACAGCUCUAUUUAUGUAAUGGAAUCAACACUAAUUUCUUUAUGUUACUUAAUGGUUGGAGCAAAUGCUCGGGUUUCAAAAAAUCAAGUAAAACUUUGGUUUUCCAGGCCAUGUUUCUCAGAGGUUUCAAAUAUCUAACUGUUGGGUAUAACAUUUUCUAUAUUGAUAA